GGAACUCCGUUUCUCACGUCUGUCACGUCUGUUGUUCACUGAGGUGUUACACAAACGGAUGCCGUGAUUCGCAAUUAAGCUGUCAUGGCACUCGCUUCAAAUAGCCAGUGUCUGUGAAUGUUUUGCUCAUUUACAGCGACGGUUCAUUAUUGAUCGAGCGCGAGGACGGGAGAGGCUCCGAAGAGGGUUUGAAGAGCUUAUGUAACGGUUCAUGUCCUAAUAUCAUCGCAAGGCCUUUAAUUACGCGCAAGCACUUCUCAUCUUUUCACACCUCAGACUGUCCUCCCUCUAAACACACACACACACACACACACACGUAUAAAGGCCGAGCCCCGCGAGCUGAAAACAGGCACUUGAGACAACUUCCUCCCGUGGGCACUUCGUCAGCUCGGGACCAGCCUCCUCCCUCACCAUCUUACAGGUCUCCAGCCUCGCCAAACUCCAGUCAGAAUGCCUCCCUACGAGAGAUCCAUGGAAAUAACGCCUUUCAAGCAAAGGAAGUGCCUCGCAACAAGAAAAGAUGAAGUAUGUACUAUUCGGUCUAAGUUCCCCAACAAAUUACCAGUAAUUGUGGAGCGAUACCUUCGUGAGAAAAAGCUUCCCCUACUGGACAAAACCAAAUUUCUUGUCCCACAUGAGCUGUCAUUUGGGCAGUUUCUCAGUCUGCUCAGAAGUAAGAUAGCACUAGAGGCAUCUCAAGCUCUGUACCUUCUGAUCUCAGGAAAGAACAUGUCCUGUUUGUCAGCCAGCAUGGGAGAAGUUUACUCACAAUUCAGAGACCCCGAUGGCUUUCUCUACAUAACCUAUGCAUCCCAGGACAUGUUUGGAUGAAAAGACCCUCAGAAAUGAGCAUGACAUAUAGAUCACCUCACAUACCUCCAGACUGAUGCCUCUCUGAGAUCAUGUAUUGCUGCUAAAUGAAGACUCUCACUGUACAUCAAACCUAAAACCACACAGACCACCAGCUACACUUGGUCGAGAGGACUCUUCUGACCUCAUUUUUGAAUAGUUUAGAUUUCUCUGAGGCUAAUGUUGAAGCAUAAUCAGUAGAUUUGAAAGAGGUUACAACUGAGCCGUCUAAUAUGAAGAACAGAAAAGUGAUGUCACUUCUCAAGCUGCUCAGUCAUGAGGCUCCAACACAAAAAAGGACGUCCUGUCCCUCAAAGGACCUGGGAUGUCCUGUCACAAUGAGACAGGGUAUGUUCGAUGCUGGUUUCCUUUCCUUGUUCUUUCUGUGACUGUGCAUCUGUGUUUCUAAAACAAACACAGAGGAAACGGACAAACAAAAAACUAUUUAAGCACCUACUGGAAUGAAAAUGAGUGCAAACAACACAGUCAUUAUGUACUCUGCUUCAAAUACGGUUGGAAAA